UUUAUUUUCAGUUGAUUCAACGGAAGACAUGGUUCAAGACACCAGUAGACAUUAUUUACAUCCGAGUUUGACAUCAAACAUUCCAGAACUGGAUGCUUCUACAGUGAUUUCCGUACCCCAAAUUCCAUACAAGCCUUCAGUGAAUUGUGCCUAUUCUCAAUUGGUCAAUCGGAUUCAAGGCAGUAAAGUCGAAAAUCAAGAUGAUUCAAAUUCUACUACCAUGACCAUUUCUGAUUUUGCACAGAUGACUUACGAACAACAACAGUACUACCAGUACUACUAUGCCCAGCAGUACUAUGAGUAUUACAAGCAGAUGGCUAUGUACCAACAAGGCCAAGAAGCCAAUUCAGGACAAUUUAUUCCACCUCAAGAUUUUCAAAAUUUAGAUGCCAACAUUCAAACCUACAUUCAACAAAUUGCUUAUAAUCAAUACUUGCAGCAGAUGCAACAACAGUCUCAAUCAAAUACCAAUUCCUAUGCUCAGAUUGUAACAAAUGUAAAUAAAGAUAACAACCCAUAUGCCAUGAAUGUACCUCAACUUGUCCAAACUCUUCCUCUACAAGAAGAUAUUUCAAAAAGUCCUGUUGCGUAUGGUCCUAUUUCAAAACCUGAGAAAGAUUUUCAGAAAGAUACAGAAAGAUUGGACAGAUCCACAGAUGAAGCAGUAAUACUAUUAAAAAAGCCCAUCCUCUCCCUUGCUGCAUAUGGUUCCAGCUCUGAAAGUGAUGAUGAAGAAACUUCUGAAGAAGAACAAAAAGAACAAUUCAAAGAGAAGGAGAUAUAUAAAAUUCCUAAUGGUGACAUACAGAUUGUUAUUGAUAAAAUGGCUGUCUAUGUUUCAAAAAACGGAGAACAAUUUGAGGAAAUUGUGAAAGCCAAAGCUGAUCAUCGUUUUGAUUUUCUCAACGAAACUCACGAAUUUUACGAAUAUUAUCAGUUGAAAAUCAGAGAGUUGAAAGGGGAAAUACCUUAUGAUGAAAAAAAAGCAAAGAAUGAAAUUCAUAAAGUGAAGAAAGAAAAGAAGGUUAUAGCUCCUGUCAGUUUUUCAAUUAAGAAAACCAAGGAAGAUCCUCCCAAAGAAAUAAAAAGUGCCUUGCCCAUGGAAGAGAGUGAUGAAGAUGAUGCAGUAAUAGCACCAGCCCCAACAGUUAGUACAGAAAAUGUGGCUCACAUUACAUCUACGUCUACUGCAUCAUCACUGGUUUCGAUAUUACAAAAAUAUGCAGAUAAUCAAAAAAAAGUCAUCAAAGAAAUGGAAAAG